GUAAGCUUGGGCAAGACUUUUAAGCAAGCAAAACUGAACCUCUAGAAAAGAAUAGUCUUUCUAUGGUCUUCAAAGGUUUGGAGACACAUUGCUUUGCAUUUCCCAGAGCUGUGGAGCCUGUUCUUGGCAAUAUUUUUUGAGAGAUCAUGACAGAAAGUGAAAUGGAGACUGGAGGAGAGCGCUUUCUUAGACAAAGGCAAGUCCUGUUUCUCUUUGUUUUUCUGGGUGGGUUACUGACUGGGUCAGAGUCCAGACGCUACUCUGUGACAGAGGGAAAGGAAAAGGGCUUCUUAAUAGCUAAUCUAGCAGAGGAUCUAGGGGUGAGUGUAGAGGAACUGGUCAAAAGGGGUAUCCAAGUGGUGUCUAAAGGGAACAGACAACAUUUUCAUGUCGACCAUCAGACUGGCAGUUUGCUUCUAUAUGAGAAAUUGGACCGGGAGGAGCUAUGCGGGCCCAAAGAGCCAUGCAUACUAAAUUUUCAGAUUUUACUGCAAAACCCUUUGCAGUUUAUUACAAGUGAGCUCCAGGUCAUAGACGAAAAUGACCAUUCUCCAGUAUUCUUUGAAAACGAAAUGCAACUGAAAAUCUUAGAAAAUACUCCACCAGGAACAAUUAUUCCUUUGGGAAAUGCUGAGGACUUGGAUGUGGGAAGAAACAGUCUCCAAAACUACACAAUCACUGCUAAUACCCAUUUUCACGUUCUCACACGUAAUAGUAGAGGUGGUAGGAAGUAUCCAGAACUGGUACUGGACAAAGCCUUGGACCGCGAGGAGCAGCCCGAGCUCACUUUAGUGCUGACAGCACUAGAUGGUGGCUCUCCACCCCGCUCUGGGACCACUCAGAUCCACAUCCUGGUCUUAGACAUAAACGACAAUGCCCCAAAAUUCACACAGUCGCUCUAUGAAAUCCAAGUGCUAGAGAACAGCCCUAUUAACUCUGUUAUUGUGACAGUUUCAGCUUCUGAUUUAGAUACAGGCAAUUUGGGGACAGUAUCAUACACAUUUAUUCAUGCUUCUGAAGAAAUCCGCAACACCUUUGUACUAAAUCCAGUUACCGGUGAUAUCAAAAUAGCUAAACAUUUGGAUUUUGAGGCAAUUAAUGCUUAUGAAGUGGAUAUAGAAGCCAAAGAUGGUGGGGGGCUUUCAGGAAAAUCAACAGUGAUAAUUCAGGUGAUUGAUAUGAAUGAUAACCCACCAGAACUGACCAUGUCCUCGAUUAUUAGUCCUAUUCCUGAGAACUCGCCAGAGACUGUAGUGGCUGUUUUCAGUGUUUCUGAUGCUGACUCAGGAGACAAUGGAAGAAUAGUGUGCUCCAUCGAAAACGGUUUUCCUUUCGUCCUGAAAUCAUCAGGGGAUAAUUUCUACACCCUAAUGACAGAAGGACCGUUGGACAGAGAGAAGCAGGCUGAGUACACCAUCGUGAUCACGGUGAGCGACCUGGGCAGCCCGCGGCUGCAGAGCCAGCACCAGGUGACUGUGCGCGUGUCCGACGUGAACGACAACGCCCCCGCCUUCAGCCAGCGCGCCUACACCCUGCGCGUGCGCGAGAACAACAGCCCCGGGCUGGCGCUGGGCAGCGUGCGCGCCUGGGACGCGGACGAGGGCGCCAACGCGCAGCUCAGCUAAUCGCUGCUGCCAUCGCCCUCGGCCCCGGCCUCGCCCUCGCCCUCGCCCUCGGCCUCGGCCUCGACCGGCCGCCCGCAGCAGCCGGCCCCGGGCGCGCUGGUGUCCAUCGACGCCGACAGCGGGCAGCUGUUCGCGCUGCGCGCCCUGGACUUCGAGGCGCUGCAGGCCUUCGAGUUCCUGGUGGGCGCCACGGACCGCGGGUCGCCGGCGCUGAGCAGCCAGGCGCGGGUGCGCGUGCUGGUGCUGGACGCCAACGACAACGCGCCCUUCGUGCUGCACCCGCUGCAGAACGGCUCCGCGCCCUGCACCGAGCUGCUGCCGCGCGCGGCCGGCGCGGGCUACCUGGUGAGCAAGGUGGUGGCGGUGGACGGCGACGCGGGCCAGAACGCCUGGCUGUCGUUCCAGCUGCUCAAGGCCACGGAGCCCGGGCUGUUCGGCGUGUGGGCGCACAGCGGCGAGGUGCGCACGGCGCGGGCGCUGAGCGAGCGCGACGCGCCGCGACACCGGCUGGUGGUGCUGGUGCGGGACAAUGGCGACCCGCCGCUGUCGGCCAGCGUCACGCUGCACGUGCUGCUGGUCGAUGGCUUCUCGCAGCCCUACCUGCCGCUGCCCGCCGCGCCCGACGCCGCCGCCGCCGCCGCGGGUGCCGCCGCCGCCGGAGCGCGGCCCAAGCGCCUGACCGUCUACCUGGUGGUGGCCUUGGCCGCCGUGUCGUCGCUCUUCCUGUGCUCGCUGCUGGCCUUCGUGGCCGCGCGCCUGUGCCGGCGGGCCGGGCAGGCUGAGGCGGUGGCGGCGGGGGCGCUGGCGGGGCCCGAGGGACACUUUCCGGGACACCUGCUGGACGCGGGCGGCGCGGGGACCCUGUCGCACAGCUACCAGUAUGAGGUGUGUCUCGCGGGGGGCACCGGGACUAAUGAGUUUAAGUUUCUGAAGCCCAUUCUCCCCAAUUUCCUGGACCAGGGUGAGGAGAGGGUUGAUGAGGCAAAGUCCAGUUGUAGGAAUAGCUAUGAAUUCAGUUGAUUAGUAGGAGGAUCUACUGAGCCUAGUCUCAGUUACUCUGUGGAAUUUUUUUUUUUACUGCUAUGCUCAUCGGGAAUACUCCUUUUAUCAGACAUACAUCAUUUUCCAAUUCAAUGUAUGUUACGGUGUUUCUGAAUAUGUUGCUUUGUUUUAUGAAUGCUAAUUUUCUUUGUACAUUAAAAUAUCCUGUUUUUAGAGACAGAAAGUAAGAGAAACAACGGCAUCAAAUCUUCCUUCAAUGAUGACCCCCCCCAGAUUGAUAUCUGUGUUUUAUACAUGGCAAAGCUGUGCCCUCACUAUUCAAGUGAGUUAUUUCACCUGCCCCUUUCUUUAGACCAGGAUGAGGAGAGGGUUGAUGAGGCAAAGCCCAGUUGUAGGAAUAGGUAUGAAUUCAGUUAAGGUUAUAUAGGUACCUUUUGGGGAUAAAUUUACAUCUUUUACUGGUGAUUAAAAGUGAAUAUAUUUAAAGAACUCAUUUUAAUUUUUUUAAUUGGGCAAACACAGUUUGAGGGAGGAAGAUAGAGGAGAGAGAAAGAGGGGCACCUGCAGCACUUGCUUCACUGCUUGCAAAGCUUCGCCCCCUCCACUCCUGUAGGUUUGUGCUUGGGGGCUUGAACCUGGUUCCUUUCAUAUUUUAACAUAUGUGCCACUGCUCAGCUCGUUUCAAUUCUAUAUCCAAAGCAAGUUGGAGAGAUUCCUAAACCAUCAGCUUUGUAAUUUACAGUAUUCAAUAUAGUCAUUAAGUUUAUAUCACUUCUAAUGUCAGUUUGUAGUUAAUGAAGUUGUUGGUUAUAUAAGAAUGUGUUUCCUGGGGACUCGGCAGUAGCACAGUGCAUUAAGCACACUUGGUGAAGAUCAAGGACAGGCAUAAGGUUCCCAGUUCGAGCCCCAGCGCCCCACCUGCAGGGGUGUCACUUCACAAGUGAAUAAGCAGGUCUGAAGGUGUCUUAUCUUUCUCUCCCCUCUCUGUCUUCCCCUCCUCUCUGGAUUUCUCUCUGUCCUUUCUAGCAACAACAGCAAUGACAACAAUAACAACAACAACAAGGGCAACAAAAUGGGCAACAAAAAUGGGAAAAAUGACCUCCAUGAACAAUGAAUUGGUAGUUCAGGAACAAAGCCCCAGUAAUAACCCCGGAGGCAAAAAAAAUGUGUUUACUUUAAUAUGUAUCAUUUGUUUAGAGACAAGGCGUUCAGAGUAAUGCAUUUAACUCCUUAUCUGCUUUUAUACUUGCAAUUAUUAUGUAAAUCCUAUAUUGCUUAUAUUGAUAAAACUGUGAUUAGGAGGACAAAUUACUUUGGCAUUUACUUAAAGGGUAUUUAUUCUGACUGAAGAAUAAAAUUCAACUCGAGCCAUUUUUGAACAACUAAUGGUGAUUUUUUCUCUCUCUCUUAACAAUCUCAUCUUUUUGUUGCAGGUUCCAUUGAAUACAUGCACCAUAACUUAUUUUUUAUAUUUUUCCAUUUUUUAUUUGUAAUAGUGGAUUACAAGAUUAUAAGAUUACAGUGUGGUGAUUUUCUGUUUGUCAGAAAAAGUUUAGUAAGUUUCUGGUAGAUUCGUUAUGGUUUGUGAAUUCUGAUGUGU